AUGGCGACUAUCGAUUCUCCCGCUCAGGUGACUCGCCAGAGACUUUGGGCGCUAAAAAUAAACGAGAAGAAGGAGGAAAAGAAGGUAAAGAAGGCGAAGGAGCGGAAAGAAGGUUACCUGAGCACGUCAACCGCCCUGGCCGGUCGAAACCGUCGUUACUUCCGCUUCAUGAGAAAUGAGGUGAUCGCGGUGGGAUGCGAUGUGUCAUGGCGCGGCCUGGACAGGUUUUGA